AUGUCCGCCGACAAACCGUGCGCGGAUACUAUCAGAGUCUUCUGGCCCGAGGGACCCACGAGUGAUUCGAGCGAGAUCACGUGGAAACCAGGCCAGGUGCUCAAGGCCGACAACCCGGGAGACUACAUCUCGGGCGCUCCGUCAUUCCAGAGAGCCAGCGUUUCCCACUCUUCGAAGUCGGCUAUAAAUGGAGGGCAUAUACAUGCCAGACGCCGCCCGACUCGAAUUGGCGCGUAA